AUGGUUGGAUCCCCUUGUUGUGAUGAAGAAAACAGUUUGAAGAAAGGUCGCUGGACAAUGGACGAAGAUGUGAAAUUGACGGAUUAUAUUAGAGGAAAUGGUCAUGGAAGCUGGAGAGCUCUCCCCAAGCUUGCUGGCCUCAACAGGUGUGGCAAGAGUUGCAGAUUAAGGUGGACAAAUUACCUGAGGCCUGAUAUUAAGAGAGGAAAGUUCUCCAAAGAGGAAGAACGAGUUAUCAUCAAUCUUCAUUCAGUUCUUGGAAACAAGUGGUCAAAGAUUGCAACUCAUCUACCAGGGAGAACGGAUAACGAAAUCAAGAAUUACUGGAACACCCACCUGAGAAAGAAGCUCCUGCACAUGGGGAUUGAUCCAAACACCCACAAGCCAAGGCCAAGGACUGACCUCAAUCACCUCCUCGACCUUUCAUGGUUGCUCAGAGCAGCAAUUGUUGGCAACUCGAACAUGAUGACUAGUCCUUGGGACAAUGCCAUGAGCCUGCAAGCAGCAGCGGGUGCUGCCCAACUUGCCAAAAUGCAGUUACUUCAACGUUUAUACAUGAUGCCAGUCGUGAGCGUAGUUCCUCCUAAAAAUUAUAAUGCAGACGUGAAGAACACUACUACUAAUAGUCAUUUUGGUUCUCAGCCUUCAUCUGUUUGGAGGAGGGAAUAUGAGUGGUGCAAGUACCAUACUAAGUGGUCAAAAAUGGAACCAGCAGGCUGA